GUGUUAGUCACCUCGAGGGCUACAGCCACUUUGCAUUCCCGGGAUACACAGGUAACUGCUUUUCCUGGCUUUUGCUUGAACAGUCAGGAAAAAAAGUGCCCGCUGAUGCCUGGCUGCACCCAGCUCCGGAUAGGAGGUGGAGGGUAGCCUGUCCUUGGAAGCAACUUGCUUUCCUCCCAGGGUGCGCCUGCCAGCCCAGACUGCGCCCUGCCUGGAAUCAGAUUGUCCCGGGCUCCUGCUGGCUUUCAGUGGAGAAGGGGAAUUGUCCUCAACACCAAGUCAGGAGAGCCAGCCGCCCAAGACUCUGGGCGGACUGCACCUGGCUGGCUUGCAGACAACUCUUGGUUGGAGAGGUGCUUACUUCUGCGCCUCACCCUGCCGUUGGCAUCCCCUGCCUGGAGAUGCCCAGUGAAGUCUGUGUUCCUGAGAACACCUGAGCUGUGCCCAGACAUCCAACAAGAGAAUUCCUGCAUCCACCUAAGGUAAGUGCCAUUAGAGCGCCUUCCAGACGAGAAGAAACCGAGGGAGCAGGGCUACUACACAGAGGAUUUGAAAAUGACUCCAAGGAGGUCCAGAGUGAAAAGGCGGAAUCUCCGCAAACCGAAGAUGAGGUUCCUUCUUGUGAAUAGGUUCACCCUGCUGCUCCUGCUCCUAGUGAGCCCAACUCCAGUUCUUCAGGCUCCUACCAAUCUCACUGACUCCGGCCUUGAUCAGGAGCCAUUCCUGUACUUGGUUGGCCGCAAGAAGCUGCUGGAUGCUCAGUACAAAUGCUAUGACCGGAUUCAUCAGUUGCCCUCUUAUGAAGGAGAAGGUCUGUAUUGCAACCGCACCUGGGAUGGCUGGAUGUGCUGGGACGACACUCCCGCUGGAGCCACAGCCUAUCAGCACUGCCCUGACUACUUCCCGGACUUUGACACAGCAGAAAAGGUUUCAAAAUACUGUGAUGAAAAUGGAGAAUGGUUUAGACACCCUGACAGCAACCGGACCUGGUCCAACUAUACUCUGUGCAACGCUUUCACUUCUGAGAAGCUGCAAAAUGCGUACGUCCUUUAUUACCUGGCUCUUGUGGGUCACUCCUUGUCGAUUGCUGCUUUGGUUGCUUCCAUGCUGAUUUUCUGGAUUUUCAAGAACCUUAGCUGCCAGAGGGUGACCUUGCACAAGCACAUGUUCCUUACUUAUAUUCUGAACUCUAUUAUUAUCAUCAUCCACCUGGUUGAGGUUGUGCCCAAUGGAGAUCUGGUGCGGCGGGAUCCUAUAAGUUGCAAGGUUCUGCACUUUUUCCAUCAGUACAUGAUGUCUUGCAACUACUUCUGGAUGCUCUGCGAAGGGAUCUAUCUUCACACUCUGAUUGUCAUGGCUGUGUUUACCGACCAGCAACGCCUGCGCUGGUACUACCUUCUUGGCUGGGGGUUCCCGAUAGUGCCAACCAUUAUCCACGCCAUCACUCGUGCCCUCUACUACAACGACAACUGCUGGCUGAGUGCAGAAACCCACUUGCUUUACAUCAUCCACGGACCCGUCAUGGUGGCUCUGGUGGUCAACUUCUUCUUUCUGCUCAACAUUGUCCGCGUGCUUGUGACCAAGAUGAGGCAAACCCACGAGGCCGAGUCCUACAUGUACCUGAAGGCUGUGAAGGCCACCAUGGUCCUUGUGCCCCUGCUGGGGAUCCAGUUUGUUGUGUUUCCCUGGAGGCCCUCCAACAAGGUGCUUGGGAAGAUCUAUGAUUAUCUCAUGCACUCUCUGAUUCAUUUCCAGGGAUUCUUUGUGGCGACUAUCUACUGCUUCUGCAACCAUGAGGUGCAAGUCACCCUGAAGCGCCAGUGGACGCAGUUCAAGAUCCAGUGGAGCCAACGCUGGGGAAGGCACCGCCGCCCCACCAACCGCGUGGUUAGUGCUCCUCGGGCUGUAGCCUUCGCUGAGCCAGAUGGCCUCCCCAUUUACAUCUGCCAUCAGGAACCAAGGAAUCCUCCAAUCAGCAACAACGAAGGCGAGGAGAGUACUGAAAUGAUCCCCAUGAACGUCAUCCAGCAAGACGCAUCUGCUUGAAUGUGAAGCCACCCCAAGCAUUGUGAUCCACUGAGCCUUCAUUUCCUGGGGAAAGACAGACCAUGUGUUUCAAGUGAUUCCCAUCCUCCCAGGAGCUGAGCAUAUCAUUUGUGAACAAGUAUUAAGUGAAUUUGUCCAUUGUGAAUUUGAAGAAAGUGAUUCUUGGUACUAUUGCUUUGGGAGUCAGUCUAGGAAUAGAGUCUCCCAUUGCAACUUGUGAACUCCAUCAUUCAUCCUGGACUGAGAUGACAGUGUUCGUAGGAAAGCAGGCAAGGUGUUCAAAAGAUGUCACUCAAUUGACCUAGUUCAGAUACAGGGUGCUCCUUGUGAAUUUUGAGCCAUUUGUACCUUUGAGAAAUUAAUAUCACUCUCAAUGUUUUUAAAUUUGACACUGGAUUUUGAAUUAGAAUAUUUCUGUAUUUGACUACAGAUCUGGUUUUUAAUGUUUUUAUUUCAGUCAGUUCCUAUAUUACACAUGUUACCAUCCAUUCAAUGUCAACUGCACAAAUAACAUGACCUCUGAAAGAUGGUGUGUCUUUUAUAACAUGAUCCAGUUCACCAGGCAGACCCAAAUGCUGUAAUGAAUUGAUCUGAACGUUGUAUGUGCUUUGGUCACUGACAUUUAUAAAUUGGGAGGUCACCAAGAACCUAUCACCAAAUUUAUCACAAAACUGCCCCCCAAAAUGUAACAAUCUUUAAAGAGAGUUUUCCACUUUCCUAAACUACAGGAUUUGUAAAACAAUCACUCCAAGGUUUAUAAAGCAGAUUACCUCUUGCCCUUGGGUGCUAUCUAGCAGUAAGAGAUAGAUUUGUUUACGACUGGUAAUUAAAACACUCCAUACAAGUCCAUUAACUGCCUUCCACCCAGCUUCAAAGCUUAACAAGAUUCCUGUGUUUUUCAAGAAGAUUCUGUGUGGCUAAUUACAAAUCAGUUUCUUGUUGACCUCUUGCUUGCUGCUAUUAGCAAAACAAGAGAGGGAAAAAAAACCACACACACACAAUGUAGGGACUUCAAAUUUAACCUGAUAUUAAUUCAUCUUAAAUUAAAAACAAAGUUUCUCAUCAAAACCCAGUACUAUAGCUCCAUACCUCUCUUUACUUCCCAGGAGGAGAUCCUCUAAGAUCCAAUAAUAAACCAAUACCAUCACAGAUUUCUAAAUCUGCAACAGUAACCAGUCAUCAUUACUUAAUUUGUAUGCUAAAUGAAGAGAUUGGUUGAGACCCUCAAAAUCUCCUCUCACCUUUGUAAUCUUUGUCACUGCCUUUCAGAGGUGAUUUAGUUGUGUAAAGACAAAAGUAACUUGAUUUGUUCUGGUUACAUACUUGCUGUACCCAGAGAAUAGCAACUGUGGACCUUGAACACUGAGAGUCUCCUUUACCAAAAUGCAAAGAGGGAUUGAAAGGAAGGAUUUUUUUCCAAUCACAGUGUUACCUGGUGAUGUCCCUAUGUUUUGUUUACACACAUUGAAAUCAGUGUAUUUCAGGCAGCUCUAGUACAAAUGUGAUAAUAUAUUGUUGAAGUGUUUGAGAUGUUAUUGUGCUUAUGUAGUAGGAGCUGAUGAAAUCAAACUGACUUACCAUAACAUUGCAUGUCAUACCUAAAUUGUGUGAAACGCUUCUGCUGUGUACAUGUGUAUAAAUACAGAGCAUAUUAAAAAGGCAAAGAUGUAUAUUGUCAUAUUUUUAUAAAGAAAUACAUUUGUCAUCUUUCAUUC